AUGCGUUUCACCACGGAGCUGCUGGCCGUUGCGCUGGCCCUCGCAGAUAUUACCUCUGCUCAGAACUCAACAUAUAAUGCUACUGCAGCUGCUCAAGCUAAAUUGACUGCUGAGUUGGCCAACCUUGAGAAGUUCUGGUCAUAUGGAAGAUCUCCUCCAGUGUAUCCUACUCCUCAAGGAGCAGGCAGAGAUGAGUGGGCCACUGCUUAUGCAAAAGCAAAGACCUUGGUCGCUUCAAUGACCGACUACGAGAAGAACAACAUCACAUAUGGUUACACCUCGAAGACAAAUGGCUGUGGUGGUAACAGCGGCUCUGUACCCAGAGUUGGUUUCCCUGGUCUCUGUCUCAGCGAUGCUGGAAACGGUCUCCGUGGUACAGAUGGUGUCACUGGUUUUGCUUCGGGUGUACACGUCGGAGCUACCUGGAACCGCAACCUCGCAUACCAGAGAGCCCACUACAUGGGUGCAGAGUUCAAGGCUAAGGGUGUCAACGUCCUCCUCGGACCCGUCGUUGGUCCUCUUGGUCGCGUUGCCGAAGGUGGCAGAAACUGGGAAGGUUUCAGCAACGACCCUUACCUUGCUGGUAGUCUGACUUUUGAGACUGUCAGAGGCAUGCAGAACAAUGUGGUUUCAUGCAUCAAGCAUCUUAUCGGAAACGAGCAGGAGCUCGACCGUAACCCUGCUGGAGUCAACGCCUCGAUGUCUGCCAACAUCGACGACAAGACCAUGCACGAAAUGUACAUGUGGCCUUUCCAGGACGCUGUCCACGCUGGAGUCGGAUCAGCCAUGUGCUCAUACCAGAGAGCCAACAACUCUUACGGAUGCCAGAACUCCAAGGUCAUGAACGGCCUCUUCAAGGGAGAGCUUGGCUUUGAGGGUUUCAUUGUCUCUGAUUGGGGUGCUCAGCACUCCGGUGUUGCCAGUGCUGAUGCUGGUCUCGAUAUGGCUAUGCCUAGCUCAGCCUACUGGAUGAACGGCAACUUGAGCCAGGCCGUUACCAACGGAUCUCUCGCUUCCACCAGACUUGAUGACAUGGCCACUCGUAUCGUCGCUUCUUGGUACCAUCUUGCCGAGUGGCAAUACCCUGGCCACGGCAUGCCUGUCAACCUGACCCUUCCUCACGAGUACGUCAAUGCUCGCGACCCUGCCUCUAAGCCUAGCACCUUCCAAACUGCUGUUGAAGGUCAUGUUCUUGUCAAGAACGUCAACAACGCUCUUCCCCUGAAGGCUCCCGGCUUCAUCUCGCUCUUCGGUUAUGAUGGUAUCGCACCUUCCAGCUACACUCCCGACAACUCGCCCGCCUUCACCCUGUCCAACUUCGGAUUCUCGCCCGUCAGCGGUGUUAACAGCAGUGAACUUCUUAUGCUGUUUGUCAGCCCUUCAUCCAUUCCUUCUGAGAACCUGCCCGGUAUCGCCAUGAACGGAACCAUGGUAACUGGCGGUGGCUCUGGUGCUGCUCAGCCUGCUUACAUCAGCGAUCCGUUCAGUGCCAUCACCGAGCAAGCAAUGCAGGAUGACACUUGGCUCCAGUGGGACUUCCACAGCCAGAAUCCCGUCGUCCAGAGAGGAUCUGAGGCCUGCCUUGUCUUCAUCAACGCUUUCGCCACCGAGUCUUAUGACCGUCCUUACCUGGAGGAUGAGUACUCAGACGACAUUGUUCUGAACGUCGCUGCUCAGUGCAACAACACUAUGGUCAUUCUUCACAAUGCUGGUAUUCGCACCAUUGACGCAUGGUACUCGAACCCCAACGUUACUGCCAUCGUCUACGCACAUCUUCCCGGACAAGAUUCGGGCAAGGCUUUGGUCGAGGUUCUCUACGGAAAGCAGUCGCCUAGUGGUCGCAUGCCUUACACUGUCGCCAAGAAGCCUGCUGAUUACGGCAACCUGCUGCACCACCUCACUCCCGACAACACCAGCAACUACUACACCCAGGACAACUUCACCGAGGGUGUCUACAUUGACUACAAGGCUUUCAUCGCCCAGAACAUUACUCCUCGCUUCGAGUUCGGAUAUGGUUUGACUUACACAACCUUCAACUACUCGUCGCUGCAGAGCAAGGUUCUCAGCAAUGUCAGUACUGCCGAGUACCCUCCUAGCAGCCCCAUCGCUCAGGGUGGUGUUGCAUCCCUGUGGGAUGUCAUUGCUACUGUCGACUGCACCAUCAUCAACACUGGCUCAGUCACUGCCUCUGAGGUCGCUCAGCUGUACAUCAACAUCCCUGGUGGCCCUGCCAAGGUCCUUCGUGGAUUCAACAAGCAAGGUGUCCAACCCGGCAAGAGCGUCAACUUCCAUUUCGACCUCACCAGACGUGACCUGAGCGAGUGGGAUGUUGUCAGCCAACAAUGGCGCCUGCAAUCUGGCAACUACCCCAUCUAUGUCGGCAAGAGUGUACUCGAUAUCCAGCUUACCGGUAGCCUCAGCAUCUAAUCUCGUCUAUGAAAUUGGAGAGAGGGAAGAUGAUACGAUAAAACGAUCAGCGUUGUAGUAUUUUUAAUGUAUUUUAGCUAGCAAAAGCACUUGUAUAUAAGCAAAGCCAAUCGAUUGCGUAAAAGAACGUUUUCCCGUGCGCCGGCAGAUUUGAUUCGAGAACGGAUGGAAGGGGCUUUGUGGCUGCCGUGUGCCGAGGCUUGGGCAGCGUGGCUGCCAUGGAAGUUCCAAGUCGAUGCAUGGCAGAACAAAGGAACAAAGAGCGUUCUGCAGCUACUUCCUGUGUUGUGAUCAGUUUUGAUUGUUAGAGGCAAGCUGUAGAAGCGCGAGGUUGAGAAAUGCUUGAUUGACUUAGCCACCUAUGUAAUGUUUCAAAUAGCAGAAGCAAAAAGGCUCAAAGGCAUUCCAGUGAUUUCGAUGGUUCCGACGGGAACAGUUGAGAGCGACAACGGAAAGUCU